CCCACUCUACCCGCGGCUCCUCCUCCUCCUCCUCCUCCUCCUCGUCCUCCUCGUCGUCUGCCGGCCCGAAGCGCUCCCGCACUCCGUCUCCCGGCGGGGAAGGGGCCAUGGGCCGCCUCCCCGGGGCGCGGCGGCGGCUGUGAGGCGGGCGGGGAGCCGGGCACGCAGCGCCCAACCGCCGGAACGCGGCCGCGCCAUGGCCACGCUGCUCUGCCGGGUGCAGUUCCUGGACGACACCGACCCCUUCAACAGCACCAACUUCCCCGAGCCCAGCCGGCCGCCCCUCUACACCUUCCGCCAGGACAUCCCGCUCGGCACCCAGCUGCCCGGCGUGCACCGCCUGCUCCGCGCCCCGCACAAGCUUGAUGACUGCACUCUCCAAUUGUCUCACAACGGUACCUAUCUGGAUUUAGAAUCCACUCUAGCAGAGCAAAGGGAUGAGCUGGAAGGCUUCCAGGAGGAUGCUGGGAGGGGCAAGAAGCACAGUAUAAUUUUGAGGACCCAGCUGUCAGUGAGAGUCCAUGCCUGCAUCGAAAAACUUUACAAUUCCAAUGGACGGGAGCUGAGACGGGCACUUUUCUCAUUGAAACAAAUAUUCCAGGAUGACAAGGACUUGGUUCACGAGUUUGUUGUUGCUGAAGGCCUGACUUGCUUAAUCAAAGUGGGAGCAGAGGCAGACCAGAACUAUCAGAACUACAUCCUGAGAGCUUUGGGACAAAUUAUGCUCUACGUUGAUGGCAUGAAUGGAGUAAUAAAUCAUAAUGAAACCAUCCAGUGGCUGUACACACUUAUUGGGUCAAAGUUCCGUCUGGUGGUAAAGACAGCGCUGAAGCUGCUGCUGGUGUUUGUGGAGUAUACCGAAUCUAAUGCACCGCUUUUAAUCGAGGCAGUAUCAACAGUUGAUGAAAAGAGAGGAGCCAAGCCAUGGUCCAACAUCAUGGAGAUCCUGGAGGAGAAGGAUGGGGUUGAUACUGAACUACUGGUUUAUGCAAUGACCUUGGUUAACAAGACGCUGUCGGGGUUGCCAGAUCAAGACUCUUUCUACGACGUGGUGGACUGUCUGGAAGAGCUAGGCAUUGAAGCUAUUUCACAGAGACACUUGAACAAGAAAGGAACAGACUUGGACUUAGUUGAGCAAUUUAACAUUUAUGAGAUGACCCUGAGACAUGAGGAUGGAGAUGAGAGCGCUGACCCCCCGCCCAGUGGGCGCAAGGACAGAAGAAGGGCCAGCCUGGGCACCAGUGAGCGAAGGGGCUUGGAGCGCCGACGGAGCCGCAGACACUCGGUACAGAACAUCAAAAGCACUUUAUCGGCCCCUGCCAGUCCAUGCAGUCAGUCGAACCCCAGCUUCAUGCUAGGCCACGGACAGCGUGUUGAAGGUCUCAGUGAGAGAGAGCUGGAGGCCAAGAGCCACAUGGUCUUACAGGCUGAUGACAAAGAUGACAGUGCAUUUGAGGCUGAGUUUAAAGCAUCUUCAGUAGAGGAGGAGGAGUGUGAAGAAGAGGACGAAGAACAACCAGUCACAGAGCCCAAUACUGAGGAUGAGGGGGAGGAAGAGGCCAGUAGGCAGGUCAAAGCCAGUGGGUUUCCAGGUGCACAGGAGGCUAUGAAGGAAAACCUUUCACAGUGGUGUGAUUCUUCAGCCAUCUCCAGUGCCAUUUCUCAAGCUGAGAAGCCUCUCCCCUGCUCUAGAGCAAAGAGCUCUUCUAGCAGCUCCUCUUCUGUGCCUGAUUCAUCUGUCUCUCAUCAUAAUUCUGUUCUUUCAUCACCAUCUUCACCUGCGGCAGCUUUGUUAAACCCUUCCCAAAAUUCAUCAUCAUCAUCCGUUACUCCAAAGGCAUCUCCAACGGUAGAGAAAUUACCUUAUGUACCACAUACCCCUUUUCACCUCUUCUCAUAUGACUUUGAAGAGUCUCCAGCAUCUGUGAAAGAAAAGGAAGCAGAGGUGAUGAGGGAAAACAGAUACAAUAGCUACAGCAGCAAUUCUUACUCUUCUCCACGACCUUACUCUGGUCUGAGUGCCCCUACAACACCCACUUCUCGUUAUGGGACAACUCUUUCACCGCCUCAAGAGACCAAAUCUGACAGGCCAGCAUUGGGUGGUCUCCUUACAUCAUCUUUUCGGCAGCACCAGGAGUCCUUGGCAGCAGAAAGAGAAAGGCGACGUCAAGAGAGAGAAGAAAGGUUGCAACGAAUAGAACGUGAAGAAAGAAACAAAUUCAACCGUGAUUAUUUAGACAAAAGAGAAGAACUAAGACAAGCAAGAGAAGAGAGAUACAAAUACCUGGAGAGGUUGGCAGCUGAGGAGUAUGAGAAGGAGCUGAAGAGUCGGAGUGUAAGCCGAGGCAGAAGUGAGCUGUCCUUGAACCUGCGAUCUCCUUCAGCCCCAUCCUCGCCUGUGCCCAAGUGUGUCAGCCCAGCAUCCAUAGAGUCCCAGGAAGAGCUGAAGACCCCUUCUACCCCCUGUGCAACCCCUCAGCACUCAGAAGUGAGUGCCAGUGAACCCGAACCAGAGACAGAGACAGAACCAGAAGCAGAAGCAGAGCAGGAGGCUGAGGCAGAGCCCGAGCAGGGAACGGAGACACCCAAGGAAAUAGAGGCUGCAGAGGUGGGACCAGAGAGUGAGGUGGAGCAAGGACCAGAAAGAGAGCCAGAAGAAAGUGCAAUACUCAGUGAAAAAGAGAGGCAGAAUGAGGAAGUGAAUGAAAAAGACAACUGCUCUGCAUCCAGCAUAUCCUCAGCAAGCAGCACUUUAGAGAGGGAAGAGAGAGAGGACAAGUUAACCAGUGACAAUGAAACUGGUCCAUGGUCGCAGACCAUCCAGGAUGCUGGUGUGAAUGAGCAGUGCAGCAACAUCCUCAACAACAAGCGGUUUAUGCUGGACAUGUUGUAUGCGCAUAACAAAAAGCCCAAGGAUGAAGAGGAGAAGGAGCUGGAGGCGAAGGAGGAAAAGAAGGAGACGGAGGAAAGCGAGGAGUCACUCACUAGUCUAGCCAGUAGGAUCUCUAUCCUUCAGGCCACGAAGCAGGCCAAAGAUGAAAGUGUCAAAAAGAUGGAGAUUGGAAACCUGGACAACCAAGGCAGCGUGAAAGCCUUUGCGGAAAAAUUCAACAGUGGUGAGCUGGCCAAGGGGACAGCCUUGCCUGAAGAUGAAAUCAGUGAACAGGUCCCUGAGAAAACACCAGCACAGCCAAAGAAGGAAUCUGACUACAUCUGGGAUCAGCUCAUGGCUAAUCCUAGAGAACUUAAAAUCAAAGACAUGGAUUUUACAGACUUGGGGGAGGAGGAUGAUGUAGAUGUGUUGGACAUGGAUAUGGGUCCUGGGGACUCCCUUGUUCCCCCUCCUCCACCUCCACCUUCUUUUCUGGGUUUGCCUCCUCCGCCACCUCCCCCACUGUUUGGAUGUCCGCCUCCACCUCCACCCUCUGCUAAUUUAUUGGCUCCCCCUCCGCUGUUCAGCACUCCUCAGGGUUUAGGGUCACCCCAGGUUUCUAGGGGUCAGCCAGCAUUUAUAAAGAAGAAGAAAACCAUCCGUCUGUUUUGGAAUGAGGUACGGCCAUUUGAGUGGCAGUGUAAAAACAACAAACGCUGCAGAGAAUUCCUGUGGUCGAAACUGGAACCCAUUAAGGUGGACACUUCCAAACUGGAGCAUCUCUUUGAGUCCAAAUCCAAGGAACUGCCUGUCACAAAGAAAACUGCUGCAGAUGGGAAGCGACAGGAGAUCAUUGUAUUGGACUCAAAACGAAGCAAUGCUAUUAAUAUUGGCUUGACUGUGUUGCCCCCGCCACGGACUAUCAAGACUGCUAUUUUGAACUUUGACGAAUAUGCCUUAAACAAGGAAGGAAUAGAGAAAAUUUUGACCAUGAUCCCAACCGAGGAGGAGAAGCAAAAGAUCCAGGAGGCACAGCUGGCAAACCCUGAUGUCCCCCUGGGCAGUGCUGAGCAGUUCCUUCUCACCCUCUCCUCCAUUAGCGAACUCUCCGCCAGGCUCCAGCUCUGGGCUUUCAAGAUGGACUAUGAGAUAGUGGAAAAGGAAGUUGCAGAACCACUUCUAGAUUUGAAAGAAGGAAUGGACCAACUGGAGCACAAUAAAACUUUGGGAUUUAUCCUUUCGACUCUGCUAGCCAUCGGGAACUUUCUGAAUGGAACCAAUGCCAAAGCUUUUGAGUUGAGCUACCUCGAGAAGGUUCCAGAAGUCAAGGACACAGUGCAUAAGCAGUCCCUCCUGCACCAUGUUUGCACUAUGGUGGUGGAAAAGUUCCCAGACAGCACUGAUCUUUAUUCAGAGAUCGGGGCCAUCACUAGGUCAGCCAAGGUUGACUUUGAACAACUCCAGGAAAACCUGUGUCAGAUGGAAAGAAGGUGCAAAGCAUCCUGGGAUCACCUUAAGGCUAUAGCAAAGCAUGAGAUGAAGCCGACUCUAAAGCAAAAGAUGUCUGAGUUCCUGAAGGACUGUGCAGAAAGAAUCAUAAUCCUGAAGAUUGUUCAUAGAAGAAUAAUUAACAGGUUUCACUCAUUCUUGUUAUUUAUGGGCCAUCCUCCCUAUGCAAUACGCGAAGUCAACAUCAAUAAGUUCUGCAAAAUUAUUAGUGAAUUUGCUCUGGAAUACCGCACCACCAGGGAACGAGUCCUGCAGCAAAAACAGAAACGAGCUAACCACAGGGAAAGAAACAAGACCAGAGGGAAAAUGAUCACAGAUACUGAUGAAGAAGAGGAUGCCGAGUCCGGCAAGUUCUCCAGUACCUCGCCCCCCUCCCAGGGCCAGCCCCAGGGCCUGCAGUACGCCGAGGAUGCUGCUGAGCACGAGAACAUGAAGGCUGUGUUGAAGACCUCCUGUGUCGGCGGGGAGAGCACCACGGCACUGGGGGUUCGCACUCGCAGCCGGGCCAGCCGGGGCCGUAUCGGUUCAUGGAACGCUGGCAAUGACGAUUCACCUAAUGCAACGGAUGAUGCAGCAGAUGAGAUCAUGGAUCGCAUUGUAAAGUCUGCCACCCAAGUGCCAAGCCAGCGAGCGGUGCCUAGAGAGAGAAAGCGGUCACGAGCAAAUAGGAAGUCAUUGAGAAGGACACUAAAGAGCGGACUGACCCCGGAAGAAGCCAAAGCACUGGGCCUCAUCAGCACCUCCGAGAUGCAGGUUUGACGUCCCAGAGGUGGCAACAAGAAGAGCCGUCAUCUGAAACACACAGGCUGACAACCCGUUGGUGUGGCGCUGUCCUGCCAGCCUUCUCUGUUGCUCCCAACGUCCCGUCCUUCAUUAGUUUGAUGUUAAUAAGCAACACAAAGCAGAACGCCACCAGCAGGGCGGAAGAAGGGUGUGCCACAGCCCAGCACGACAUCCUGACAAGUAGCUGAGGAAGCAUAUGAGUGCUUGUAGGUGAAACCUUACGCCUGCUUCUCUCGUGGUGUGUUGGUGUGGGUAGGAGGGGGCUCUCUCUGAGUUAUCUGUCACUAUGUAAGCUGUGUUUGCGUUGGCUUUCCUUGUGCCCUGUUUUAGUCAUUGUAAAUGUAUGGCAUUUUGUCAAUGCAAUGAACAGUCCUUAAAGAGGCAAAAUAACUCCUGUUACAGUGACCCCAAUUUUCCUGAAGCAGAUUCAUUGAGCAAAGACACACAGUCUGUGCAACUCUGUGGUGUUUUGUUUUUUUUUUCUUCUAUUUUAUUUUUAUUUUUUAUUUUGCCACCAAAGAAUGUAAAAAAUGUAUGUGUACCUUUGUAUAUGUACAGAAUGAAUGUGUGGAUAUGUGUGCGUGUAUCUCUACACAUACACUCAUGGUGUGAAGUCAUGCUCCUGCUGAAGCUAGCUGGACCAUGAUUGUCACUCUGGGGCCUUACCGUUCCACCUGGACAGGAGGAAAAGAAUGUCUUUUUGUAGGAACUCAGUGUUUUUCAAAGGGAUUAAUCCCGUGGGGCAGGAGAUGGCCUGCAGUACAAGUGGAAAGUUUAGGAUCCCAAAUUAAUGUGUAUUAAUACACACUCAUACUGUACUCACCAUGCACACAGAGGACAGGUCGCAGAAUACUUUCCUCUUGAUGAGCUUUGGCUAUGCUUUCCAUUUGUACAGUUUCAAAGAAAACUAUGCCAACAAUUUACACGCUCUAUAAAUGCAUUCAGAUGGUAAGAUCAAGAAGUUUUGUUCACUUGCCUGUGCCCUUCAUGCUGCUUUUCUCUGCUGCAAGAUAAUGUGGUGGUGAUUUUAUUUCAAAGUAAUUGAUCUGAAUAUGAAAUGGCCCUGCUAAAAGCCUGCUGUGUUUUUGCUGUUCCCUACUCUUUGUUUUGUGAUUAUCCUUGAUGCAAGUGGAGAGGGUACCCUAGUGAACACUCCAGUGUGCUUGCCCUUAUCUCACUGUUUGAUAACUGACUUUUAUAAUUGCCCUCAGCACUUGUAUUUGAAGAACCUUUAGUCAACUUAUCUGCCUUUAAGUGGAGAACAUACACAUUGAUGAAGAUGAACACAAUCACCCUAGCCAGUGCUGAAGCAUUUUGAAGAGAACUGCAGAUAGCAGUAACGUAAAAGGGAACUUUUCAAGCCAAAGUCUGUAAAUGACCACUUGAUCCUCAAGGAUGCUCAAGAUCAUCUCUUUCCAUUGCCUUAGACUCAAAGAUUAAGGGGGUUGUGUCUAGCAGUAGCAACUGAGGCUUCCUUCAAACCAGGUAGCUGGGGAACUGUAGAAGUUUCGUCAUGGUAACGGGGACUAAUUUUGGCUGCAAAACACACUUGAAAAGCAGAAUUAAUUAGUCUAUGCUGGGCUUGUAAUGCCAUAGCUAUGUUGUUUCUGGCACCCAAGCUAGGUCAGGUAUGUCCACAAGUUACUCUGCUCCCAUUAAGGACAGGAUAAUCCCUGAAGAUAGCACAGGAUACUGGCACCAAACAAAAUAAAUCUUUGAAACUUUGGUCACCCAUUACGUCACAUUGAACAGAACAUCCAAAUGAUUAGAGAACCAGGUAGUUUACAGCACUGCAAUGAGAUCUGUGGUGGAGCAUCCUAUCUAUGCUGUCUCCCCUCUUAGUAGUAACAUUUCAGUCUUUAUUUGCUGUUGCCUUGGAUCUUCAUGUGUCAAGGUCUGUGGAGCAAGAAGUCACUUGUGAGUAAGGCUUUUAAGGAUGGCAUUGAGUUGGAUGUGGCUUUCCCCUCAGUUUCUUAAAAGGCCAAUUUUAUAAGCAGGCAGAAAGCAAUAGUUCUGUAAUUAAUAAAUGUGUUGUGUAUUGGAAAGCUAUGAAAAGGCAGAAGCUGGUCAGGAAGUAGAAAGAAGUGGCAUAUAACUAUCUCACUGUAAAAUAAACAAGACCUAUUAGCAUCUGGGCUUGAGAGUGGAUCUUUAUGUGCUGCUUACCUUUAUGGAAUUUUUAAAUCUCUUUUAAGGAUGCUUUGAACAAAGAAAUGAAGGUUAUGGGGGUAUGUGGAGGUCUUUGAGGUCUGAAACAAGAGGAAGACACCCUGAAUGUUAUGAUGAUGUUGAGCUGUUAUACCUGUUUAGUGAUAAAAGAAGCCCAAAUGCAACAAAAUGUAUUUACAUCAACAGAGUUCCUAUAUAUGAUUGAAGGGAGAGAAUCAAACAUUUUUCAAAUGUAAUGUUUUAAUAAAAAUAUACUGAAUGUGCGAAGUGGCUAGCUGUUGGUGACCGCUUGCUAACAGUAAAUAAAUCUGUGUUUUAUUUUGACACAGCACAGCAUCUGUGUCUGAAAAAAUGAUGUUGCUGAUGACUUUUAAGUAGUUGGGAGUAUGUAUUUUCCAGGAACUUGCAAAAAUUCUACAAAACUUCAUGUACUCUGUAUCAAGGAGAAAAUUAAAUACGGCAAAUUGGGUUGGAAUGAGUUCAGAAAAAAAUAACAAUUUCUUUCAGAUUAGCUGGAUGCUAUUGUAUACAUGUAAAGCAUAUUGUUCCUUGUCCCUUUUUCCAUUAUAUUUUUUCUGUGCUUUUGCCUGAGUUUUUGCUCUCUACCUGUAAAACCAGUGGAUUCCAGAUGAAAUUGAGGAAUUGGUUAUAUUUGGAUGCCUCUUUCUGUCUAAUCAUGUUGUAACCUUCAGGUCUUGAGUUGCUGCCUGCCCCUUCACCAUCCAAAAAGCUCACCGUAAGGAUAUACCAGUUGUUUUAGAAUGUAUGGGAAAGGAGUGUUUCUGUGACAAAUAGAAAGGUCUUAGAAAUGCAGCCUAGUAAUGUAUGUUCCCAUUUCUCACUUAGAGAUCCAUUGAGGCUACCUUAAAACACUUGCAGCCAUAAUAACUACCUCUUUCCUCUUUCUCAUUGUACCAGCCACUUGCAAAUUUAGGGCCCACGGUUUUGUGCCUCCACCAAGUUCUCAGAGUCAUCACUGGUGUUCAUUUCGGCACCCACCUGCUGCCAAUAACUUGUCUGUCUGUCUGCCACCCUAAUACCUUCCUGAUCGGGAUGCUGAGGUAAACUUUAGCAUAUGAAAUGGCUGCCAAAGGGAAGCUGUCCUAUUUUCCUUUCAUCUCCGUUGGUGUUUAAAAGCAGACUGCAUACAAAUACUUUGUGUUCCCUCACUCCCAACUGAGGGAUAACUUUCAGUAGCAGUUACAGGGCUGUGGUGAAGAAACACCCCCAGGGAGUGCUGUGUGCCACAGUCGGGAAUGAAAGAUCCUGCACAAAGCUUAAAUGCAUUGCUCUUCAUCUUUCAGUAAGUCCAGGCACCAGCCCCAUGGAUUCCCAUUGGCUGCUCCUUGUGACCUCUCCCUUUGGUAUAUCCCUAUCCGUAAUCCAAAACCAACCCAAAAAAAAUGGUGUUUUACUGAGGGUCUUUCUUGCUCUGAUGAAGACUAGGAGCAGUGUCAAGAGCAGUUUUCAAAAUAUAUUUCUUUUUCUCUUUUGAUCCCCUUUUAUUGUAAGUGUCUGUACUAAUUGACCCUUAGCAAAAUAAGGCACCAGAUGUGUAGGUAGACAAGACUUUGGUUUUCCCAUAAUAAAAAGUCACAUGCAAGUAUCUAGAUAAGCACUUGUGCCCCAGUUUAACAAAAAUUUGGAGUCAGAGCCUUGACAUGACCCAUCUGCGAGGGCCUCCAGCCAGGUGCAGUAUUCUCUGCAAGGUACCAGAUAGCAACGAGGCAGGACAGUGCCGUCAGUCCCCAGUGUGCUGCGCUCUUAGCAGACCCUGGCUAGCAGCUGUUGGAGUCGCAACAGAGGACAGAGCAAACGUAAGCAGCACAAUGCCACUGCAGUUGCAGUGAUUCCUCUUGCCAGGUGUCUGCUUGAUGCUGGUGUCCGUGGUAGUGCAGCAGAAGCCAGCAUCUAUCCAUUGAACCCAUUCGAUCGUUGAUGCUGGUUUUCAUUCAAGUGCGCGUAGGCUGGAUGUUGUUUUAGCAACACUUUGACUUCAUCCAGAUGAAAUGGGGACAAGGAGGCAGCCCAGAAGUUUCCCAUCUGCUGUUCUCCCGUGACCACUUGUAGGCAGGUGGCACUUUAGCUAAAGGACAUGCAGGGGUGCAGUGUCCAUGGGCACAUCCCUCCUCUCUCUUCUGCUCCUGCACGCUCACGGCAUGUACACCGCUCCUCUCGUGACCUUCAAGGCAAGCUGUGCGUGCCAAUGCAGGCAGAGAGCUUGACCCGGUGCCGCGUUGAGACGGCUCUGGAUUUCCAGCAUCUGGACUCAAGAAACUCUGUCUAAGCUGUAAGGACUAUGGCUGUUGAUGUUUCUCUGCAGGGAAAACUGCCAGGUACUUACAGGCUACAAAAGAAAAUAAACCGAAGCAUUUUUGUAAGGGAAAAUGUUUGAUUAUGGGAAAAUAUUGAAUCUGACUUGCGAAUGCAUAAGCAACACGUAAGGUUGGGGCAGCAGCAGCUGGCUGAACUGGCAUUUCAGAUGCAAUACCAAGAGGUUUUUGGCAAGCAGUUUAAUAGUACCAUAGCAAGUAAUUCAAGGAGUUUCAGAGAUGUUGUAUAGUUCUAUGUUUACGCAUAAAAAAUAAAAUUAAAAUUAUUUCUAAUUAGCCCAUUUCACAUUGAGUGGCAUAUAGAGAUAUAUUUUGUUUAAUCACUAACACAGAGGCUUCUGUGAAAGAAAAGGUUUAUUUGUAGCAAUGGGUGCAUUUCUCCUUUUUAAAGACUGUCUUUGCGCGUAUAGUGUCCUUUUUUGUGAGCUGGGAAUUGUAAAAAAAUGUAAAGUAGAAAAGGACGUGUUUCUUAGACGAAGGAGAAAUACUGUAAAAUUGUGUAAAUGUCACUACUCAUGUUUUCCGUGUUCUGUGUAGCAUAGUGUAAAAUAGGCUUUCCAGCAGUGUUAUUCUGUGAAUUGUAAUUUAAAAAAACAAGCCGUGCAUGGUCAGAGAUAUUAUCUACAGGUCCUUUUGUUUGGUUGUUUUUGUUUGUUGUUUUCUCAUUCUAGGUAAAUUUGUUCUAUGUUAAAUUUAAUUGUCCAUGAAACUGCAUAUUUGUUUCUCAGUUUUAUUUCGUUAAGAACUUGAAUUACUCUUUCAGAUUUUACUACACACAAAGCUCACCUACAGUUUGUAUUCAUCAUUCAGAAGCUUUGUCACAUUUAGUGUAAACCAGGAGGGUUUUUCUUUUUAACACACCCCUUGUCUGCCUCUUCUCCCCACACUCUCUUCACUUUGCUGUCUGGAAAGAUGCAGUCACACAUUUUUUUUCUGUGCCAUGCAGGGUCAAUAUGGAAAACUGACCGCAGACCUGUGUCCAAAAUUUCUUGAUAUAAGUAGUUAAAAAGCUCACCUCUACAGCGUUAUGUAAGCACAUCUUGCAAUAAAGCUUUAUAAGGCACUGA